ACAAUAAUCAGCAGACAACAUUGUACCGUAUUUAUCAACUUUUGUUUCAUUUUGAUACAGCAAAAACGAAAUAAAGGUUUCAAACAAUGGAGAAUUCUAAGGUUCCAACUAUUCCUACUUUGGAUGAAAUUUUGAAAGAUUUUCCUCCAGGACCAUUAGAUGUUUAUCGCAAAAAAGCAUCUUUCGAUUGGAAAAAACUAAAAUUACAUAUUCACGGUGAAGAUUACCUUAAAUUUCAGGUGAGAUACGUUUACUUUUGUAAAUAUUUUAAGCAAGUUUUAUUUUGUCCCAGUAAAUGAACCUUGAAAAAAGUUUUUGUUACCUUAUUGAAUCUCAAGGUCGUGAUAGGGGGCAAGAUAAAGAUUUCUUGAAAUUUUAUUGUCAAUAUCAGUAGUUUUUGUAUUGAUAAAAUUGACAAAAAAAGAGUAAUUAAUAUAUUGUUAUCGAGUUAACUAAUAUAGUUUAUAUCUUUAAAAGCGAAAAAGUAGAGCUUUUAAAAGUUCUAUAGAUGGAAUGUAAAUAUUUAUUAAUUACUCUAAAUUUAAAUGCAUUUUUAAGGAAAAAUAUAAACUCAAAGGAAAAUAUGCAUAUAAUUUAUAGUAUGCUGUUUGGAAUGCCUUGGAAAAUGAUCCCAUUUUUUACCAUUCGGAUAAAUCAAUAAGUUUAGAAGAAGAACGUGAAAGAACGUUUAAUCGAGUGAAGCGUCUCUUCGAAUAUGAUUUUGGUAAUAGCGAAGCAGCGGGUAAUUGUGGGCCAAUGGCUGGUCAUGCAUCAGUAUGCACACUGUUGCCUGUAGACGGGUCUAUGAAUACGCGAUAUGGAUUGAGUGUCUUUGUACGUAAACUUAUUUCUCUUUUUUUUCAAAACAGUACACUAUUUGGAAUGCUCUUGAAAAUGAUCCAACAUUCACUCGCAAUAUUGGAAGUUUAACCUUAGAACAAAUCCGAAAAAAUUCAGACAAUCAUGUUAAACGAUAUUUUGAAUAUGAUUUUUUAAAUGAUGACGAUAUUGCCAACAAUCCACUUCUGGUUGUCGCUCACAUUGGAGCAUUAUCUAGCUAUGAUCCAAGUUCCUAUGCUAAAAAUAUGCUCAAUAGAGAGGUUUCCAUUCUCAAUAAAUUAAGCCAAUUAAUUUCCAUUUAAAUGCAAUAAAAAGCAUCUUAUUUUUUGAGUAAUUUUAUAUAUUCAUAUCAAAAUCUAAUUCAGAUGUUCGGAAGAACAACUAGAACUGCUGGUUCCGAAAGACAUAAAGAAUAUUUUGAUGAUGUUACAAACUUUCAAAAAUUUGGAUGUUUUGCUUUAACCGAAUUGAGCCACGGAUCGAAUACAAAAGCAAUGAGAACUACUGCAACGUAUGAUCCAUCUACUGAACAGUUCAUUCUAAAUACGCCGGAUAUCGAAGCAACGAAAAUUUGGGUAGGAAAUCUUGGUAAAACAGCUACUCACGCCGUUGUCUAUGCCCAAUUAAUUACUCCAGAUGGAGUGAAUCACGGACUUCAUUCAUUUGUUGUUAAAGUUCGAGAUGAAAGAACACUUCUGGCUGUUCCUGGCGUUAUUGUUGGUGAUAUGGGAGAGAAAAUAGGCUUAAAUGGUAUUGAUAACGGAUUUGUAGCUUUCAAUAAUGUACGAAUCCCAAGAGAAAACCUUUUAAAUAAAACUGGAGACGUUACUUCAGAGGGAAAGUAUGUUACUCCUUUCAAAGAUCCAAAUAAAAGAUUCGGAGCUUCCCUUGGCGCCUUAUCGGGUGGCCGUGUUACAAUUAACUGUAUUUCCGUAACUAACUUGAAAUUAGCUAUCUGUAUCGCUAUUAGAUAUUCAUGUACAAGGCGUCAAUUCGGACCCAAAGAGGGUGUUGAAUUGCCUGUAAUCGAAUAUCAAAUGCAACAAUGGCGAUUAAUACCGUAUUUAGCGGCAGCUUACGUUUUGGAUGUAUUUUCACGUCAAUUUUUCAUGAAUUUUGUUGAAUUACAAAUUGGAUUAAUGGCUGGAGAUAAAUCUGAUAGGCAAGAUAAUUUGGGAAAAGAAUUACAUGCUCUAUCGUGCGCGUCUAAGGCAGUUCAUAGUUGGAUUGCAAGAGAUGCAAUUCAAGAAUGUAGAGAAGCUUGUGGAGGUCACGGUUAUUUUAAAAUUAACAGAUUAGGGGAAUUGAGAAACGAUCAUGAUCCAAAUUGUACUUAUGAAGGAGACAACAAUGUUAUUUUACAGCAAACUAGUAACUACGUUUUGGCAAGCUAUGGAGCAGUGAAAAGAGGUACAAUACUGUCAACUCCCCUGAACGCCUGCGAACCUUUGAAUAGAUUCAAAACUAUUUUGACGUCUACAUUCAGACGUAAAUCUGAUACUGUAUCAUUAAAUGAAGUUAUAGAGGCUUAUGAAUGGCUAAUAUGCUAUUUAAGCGAACAGAGCGCCGAAAAGUUGACUUUGGAAAGCAAAUCAAAUGAUUCCUUUACGGCGAGAAACAAUAGUCAAGUCUACUUUUGCCGAACCCUUGCAAUUGUAACUUUUGAACACCAUCUUUUGAAUCGAGUCCGUGAAUUUGUUAACAACGAAACCGAGGAUAGUCUCAAACCCGUUUUGUCGCAAAUGCUAACACUAUUUUCCGCCUGGAUUCUGGAAAAACACUUGUCUACUUUAUACGAAGGAGGCUAUUGCUCUGGUAAAGACCUAGCAACCUGCGUAAGAAAGACGGUCGUGGAUCUUAGCCAUAACCUCAAGAACGAAGCUGCAGCACUUGUUGAUGCUAUCGCUCCACCAGAUUUUGUUCUAAAUUCCCCAAUUGGCUCUUCCAAUGGAGAAAUUUACAAGAACCUAUACAGUGCAAUGAUUCAAACUCCUGGAGCUUUGGAAAGAACAAAUUGGUGGAGAGAAUUUUCCAAUAAACCAAACGUAGGAAGUUUGAGACCGGUUUCUAAACUCUGAUUCUUUUUUUGUUGAUCAUCUAUUAAAUAAUCAAAUUUAAUUAGGUCAUAAACACCUGUUGAAUUCAAUAAAACUAAAGCGAUUUUAAUCGUUAUUUUAUAUUGUAUGUAUGCACUAUAAACUUUGAAGAACAUCCAUAUUGGCUAUAUUUUACUUUAUCAGAAGAUAAUAAAACUACCAUUUUUCAUUAUUCAUUAUUAACGGCAAACGUAAACUUUACAGAAUGGAAUUUUAUACCAAAUUCAAGAUAUUUAAAUGACAAACUCCAAUUGAUCUAUAUUAUCCACUGCAUUCGUUAGUGACAAUCCAUCAAACUUCAAUUUAAGUGCGAAAUUUCUUUAUAGCACAAGCUUUAAGGCACAUUACAGCUUCAUUUCUUUUAAUAUUCUGAGUACUAAAAUUCAACAAUUUCGUAAAGCAUCAAACGAACAGUUAAAGUUACAUUAUAUGAAUAACUUGGAUUUCUAUGGAAAAGCGCCAUCUUUCUUCUCUUUUCAUCUGCUAGAUGUCG